ACAAUUUGAUGCAUAUUCAUAAAAAUUCCUACUCAAAAUUAUAUUUCUUGUCUCUUCAUCGUGAAUCACCCUAAACUGCGAAAAAUAGUGUGUAAUCAGUUCAAUCUCUCCGGAUUUAAUGUUGAACAACCCAAAAAAUUAUGUGAAAGAAUACUUUUGUCAAUUUAACCACAAAUUUAGCUUUCAUAUACAAUUUAAAGAGUGUAUAAGAAUUCUAAACGCCGAAGAGAUAAAAAGUUAACAUUAAGAUCUCGCUCCUUCUGCAUAAAUAAUUUUGCUUUCGAAAACUCCAAUGUUGGCAAGUUUUGAUAUCGACUGAAAUUGUUUACAAUCUAUAACGAAUUGACUAGUGUUUGUGGUCGUCUUCAAUGCUGUUUUUCAUCUACAGAAACGUAAGUUCACCAUUAAAAAUAUAAACAUGGCGUAUAAGGCGAAAGAAACAAAUUUGCAACCCUCACUAUCAGAUGAAAGUUUGAAUUCACCUUUCCAGCAAAAACCGGAAUCUCAUGCUUUUCCAGAAAAUCAACCAACUUGCUCGACUACACCAAAUGAUCAGAGUCCAAGAGAACAAACAACAUGCCUGAUUACUCCAAAUAUUCGCAUUAAGCAUCUUUUUGUUUACAACUUCCCAUCUGAAAUAAGAGAAUCUUCACCAUUUGACACAAUUGUCAAAUUCCCAUCUAAACUUCAGUCACCAGCAGCCAGUAGUGGUCCUAUUUGUCGUAUAUGCCACGAGGGUGACGAUAAAGAAGAUUUGGUGUCGCCUUGUAGAUGCACUGGAACAGUUGGACUCGUCCAUAAGAAAUGCAUGGAAAGAUGGUUAAGCAGCAAAUGUAACAACACUGUCGAUAAAUGUGAAAUUUGCAAUUAUCCAUUUGUUACCAUUCGCAAGCCAAAAUCAUUUUAUGAAUUUAUUCAAACUGAAAGGCAUUCAAAUGCAGUUAAUCGGAGCAGUUUUAUGGGUGACUUGACAUGCUUUUUCCUUCUUACGCCAUUGGCCUUUGUCAGCGGUAUGCUUUGUGUUGAAGGAGCUAUGAAACAAGUACUUAUGGGAAACAGCCUAGAGGCUGGUUGCCUGAUGGGAUUAGCAACCUUUCUGAUUACUUCCUAUAUUAUAUGGCUUGUUUUAACUGUUAGGUACCACAUACGAUGUUACUUAAAAUGGCGGACGAAGAACCAUAACGUCAAGUUGAUGAAAAUUACGAGGAUUUCAACUGCAAGUGAUGGUCUAAAUCACUCGUGUAUUCAAAUUGUCACUCAAGAGCCAAAUAACCAACCAAAUUUUGUCUUCAACCCAAAUGUAGUCGUUUCGAUUCCAGAGGCAAGCUGAGGUUUAAAUGAAUAAGCCCACAGGACUCUUAAGGAAAAUGAAUGAAUGCUUUUAGCACUAUGAAAAAGCACUAUAAUGGAGGAUGUGCUCAUUGUUUUAUUAUAUUUGUUUGCUUCAUUGCAGUUAAAACAUUUUAAAAAUGUUUUAACUUAGUAAAGUUUUAAAUUUUAAGAAUCCUUUAACCGUAGAUGCUUUUCUUUAUUAUUAUUAUUGCUUAUAGCACUACUAAUGCUCAUAGCACUAAUGAGAAGCAUUUUAAAGAAGCACUAUUGUGGAAAAAGUGCAAAUUGUUUUAUAUUUGUGUUGCUUUAUUUCGAUUUGAGAACUUAAAACUUGUAAAAUUUUAAAAUUCUUAACUUUCCUUUAUGGUUGUUUAAACUUUUAAUUAUUGAACUUUUUUUAAGUUAAUAAAAUUUUAUGAAGUUUCGCAUCUUUUAUAUUUAUCUGCAACUCGUUUUAAUAAUGGGCAGUCAAUAAAAUGGUUUCCUUUAUCUAAUAACCUUAUACGUCUAAAAUAUUUCCUAUUUUAUCAUGGUAAAGACAAUGAUUUCAAUAUUGUUCAAAUUAUGAUAAUCUUAAUCGGUAUCUAGAGAAUUUAUUAUGUUACUCAACAACAAAUUUUGAAAUUUGUUACUAAACUCAUCAACAGAAGCUUACUAUAAACCACUUUAACAGUUUUCUGCAGCCUGUUUCAUUCCAAUGAAAAUAUUUGCCCACGCAUCUGUUAAAAUUUCUUUACGGUGUAGUUCCCAGUGGAUCACAAAAAUCAAGCAUCGCUGCGGUCAGUGGGCAAGUUGAUGACCAAUUUGAUCAUCCUGCAAAAAGAUCGCUCAUACAGAUCGUUGUACUCUCAUAGCAAAAGAGCCAUCCCCUCUGCAGAGGACCAAACAUGGCAUGUUUUCGGAUCAUCCUCUGAGGAUGCUUCACAGAUAGAUACCAAUAGCCCAUUGUGCAGCUCUAGAGCAACGGAAAUAAAGUACUAUUACUUUAAGGUACAAAUUACAACACGUCGCUUCUGCAAAUGGAGUUUAAUUUCAAAAUAAUGUUUCAUAGUUAUUCAGUUAGAAGCACCAUCUAAUGACAAACAUUUUAUGAAAUUUAGUGGCAAGAUAUCUGGUUUUCGAAGAAACCGUACACUUUUUAUCUCAUCAUCAAUGGCUCGACAGCCCAGGGUGGGCCUUGGCCUUCUCAAGAAGUUUUUUCCAGGUUAAUCUUUUUCCUGCUAGCAUUUUCCAGUUUUCAAGACCAAAAGAUCUUUUUCUAUCCAACUAAAAUUCGGCACGCCUCUUUUUUCCUGCGCUAACUGUUCUGGCCAAUGACAGACCCUUUGGCGUAUCACAAAAACUCUUUGUGGUACGGUCUUCCUCUAUUCUGAUAACGUGGCCUGCUCAUUUUGUUGUUUGUCGUUUAAUGAAGUUAAUAAUGUCAGGUUCAUUGUAUGAGUGAUAAAUCUCUAAAUUAGUUCUUCUAAGUCACACACCAUUUUUUUUUUUUUAAUUCCUUCAAAAAUACUUCUCAAGACCUUUCUCUCAAAAGUACCCAACAUAACCUCAUCCGUACAAGAUAUGGUCCAGGUUUCACAAGCAUAUGUUAAAAUUGGUCUUAAAAUAGAUUUAUGUAAUAUAACUUUUGUUUUUCUAUGAAUUACAUUAGAUUUUAUGUAUUUUCUAAUUCCAUUAAAACAUCUAUUGGC